AUGCAAGUUUGUUUUUGUUUAACCGUAUUAUGUCACAUUUUGAAAUUCGGAAUUCGUAUCCUCAUCCAUCUUCCUAGCUUACUUUGUCCCUUGUUACCCUCUAAGAUGGUCAAAGAUAAGAGCAAGCCUAAAGGUGCGAUGACCCCCUACGCCAUUUUUGUUCAACAGUCAAGAGAUGAGCUAAAGAAGAAAAAUCCUACUCACAGUGUUGACUUCACCGCCUUUUCUAAGGAUUGUUCUUCAAAAUGGAAGGCUCUUAGCGUAAAAGAAAAGAAGAAGUUCGAGGAUCUGGCCGCCAAGGACAAGGAGCGUUUUGCACGUGAAAUGAAGGGUUAUAGUCCCCCUAAGGAUGCUGGUAAAAAAGACAAGAAGAAGAAAAAGGAUCCAAAUGCACCAAAGCGGCCAAUGUCGGCUUUCUUCUUUUUCUGUGCAGAUGAGCGCUCUAAGGUUAAGAAAGAUCAUCCCGAGUGGAAAGUGUCUGACAUUGCCAAGGAACUUGGACACAGGUGGGAAGCCUGCAAAAACAGGUCAAAAUACGAGGGUCAGGCUGAAACUGAGAAAUCAAAAUACGAAAAGGCGAUGGCAAAGUACAAGAGCGGAAAGUAA